AUGGCGGACUUCGCAGACGCAGCCUUGCGAGAGGCAGCCCAAAAUGAUGGGCCAACUUCAGUUCAAGAAGAGGACAACAAAUUCCAGAAGGCGAUUUCGGCAUGGCGGAAUAUCGAUUUAACCUCCAUGAUCCCGAGCUUGGAUAGUACCGCUUCGGAGAUUGUUCAAUAUCAGCGUGACUCGACGGUCCAGCGCAAGGAUUUGGCACAGAAGACGAAGGAUUUUAGGAAGCUGGAUGAUUCGGGGAAGCUGGGUGAGAUCAAGGGGUUACUUAAGGCAUACCAGACCUUCAUCGACCUUCUUACAAAUCACUCCAAGUCAACAAAUUCGGCAUUUUUAUCGGUUUACUCUUCAUUAUCCGAAGCACCAGAUCCAUACCCACUUCUAGAAGCCUCAGUCGAUUCCCUACUCUUGUCGGAAGAUACACUACCUAAGGUCGCGCAAGAAAACGAACAUCUGCAGAAGAGCGUCAGUAAGCUCACCACACAAUUGGAAGAGACCGAAACGAGAUGGGAGACUGAAAGGGCUGCUCGGAAGAAGCUAGAAGAAGGGCUUGAAACAAAAGUCAAAGAUGUCGAGACGUCCUGGUCAGCAGUGGUAGAAGAGAAAAGGGGGAAUUGGGAAGCUAAAGAGAAGCUCCUUGAGGAGAAAGUAGAGAACCAGGAGCGACUGCUGAAUGAAAUCAAGGCUAGCUACGAAGUCACACAACGACUUGGACAGUCAGAAAGCGAUGAAAACAAUACUGGCCGUGGCCAUGUAACAAGCGCAGAAUUGGAGAUGGUAAACUCGGACCUGGAGCGGACAAGCGUACGAUUGGCAGAAGUCGAGGCCCGGAACGAACAACUACGUGUAGAAUUGGCGCAAUCAGCAUCGCAGGUCCCGAGCCAUCCAGCGUUGAAUUUGGAGGAUGAUCCUGGAUAUAUGCGAAUGCGCUCUGAGAAUUCAUCGCUCAUGAGAAAAAUGGACGCCGCCCGAGUUGAAAGAGAUGCAAAAAAGCGGGAGCUAGAUGGCAGACUAAGAUCUCUUGAACGGGAGAUUGGAAUGCUCAAGGAAGAGCGAGAUUCUCUCAAAACAAAGGUCCAGAAAUGGAGCGACUACGAAGAUGUGAAGCAGGAGCUUGAGGUUCUGAAGAGUAUUGAAUUCUCAACUGGGGAUGAUGAUGACCAGGAUAUUCCGGAUUCCGUAGCUUCUCACAAAGGAGUAGAGAACGGGGCAUCGAAAGGGAAGGGCGACACGUUGGAGCAGCUGCUUCUUGCUCGAAACAAGAAGCUUAGUGAUGAGUUAACCAUUCUAAGGGUAUCUCACCAAGACUUGCAAAGUCGACUCCAGUCGAUGCAAGAGGAUCUUUCAAAGACCAAUGCAGACCUUGAAAAGGCACAACAUCUGAAUUCAACUCUGGAGAACGACCUCGCUAAUGUUCAAUCCGAGGCAGCUACUGCCUAUCCAUCAGCAGCCUCUGUAGCCGGAACCUAUGCGAGCCGCUAUCCCCAGUCCUCGGCCGUAGGAGCCGGACGUAAAGGUCGUAUCUCCCCAACCUCAUCAAUCAUAUCUGGGUUCGAUCCAAGAUCCGCUUCGUUGGGUACAACAUCGCUAGAGCAGCUGAGAUCGGGUGAGCCGGUUGGUGGAGGCUCGGGUAUACUGCCGAUGAUUACGGCUCAGCGUGAUCGGUUCAAGAAGCGGAAUACUCAACUCGAGAACGAACUAUCAGAGAGUCAUCGUACACUCUCGUCCCUACGGCAAGAAGUUGCAUCUCUGCAGAAGGACAACCUCAAUCUAUACGAGAAAACAAGAUAUGUCUCGACUUUUAACCGCGCAGCGCCAACAACAACUUCUGCAUCUUCAUAUGCCACAAACCCCAAUCCUUCCACUAUCCAGAUGUCCUCAUCAACAUCAUCCGGGCUCGCUCUAGAUCGGUACCGCUCCGCGUACGAAUCUAACAUAUCACCCUUCGCCGCCUUUCGAGGCCGCGAAUCAGCUCGUGCUUACAAGCGCAUGAGUCUCCCCGAGAGGAUAGUCUUCUCGAUAACGCGGAUGGUUUUGGCUACCCGAACAAGCCGGAACCUAUUUGCAGGAUAUUGCGUCGCGUUACACGUAUUAGUUUUCUUUUCCCUGUAUUGGCUUGGGACGGCAGAUGUUGAGCAGCACGGGAGUCAUUUGGGACAAGGUGUCGUGGCAGCUGCUGGGGGGACGCUUGCUGGCCAGAGCGAGUCGGAUUGGAACCCAGAAGGGUUCAAUGAUAAGGCAUCGUGA